AUGACGACGAGGGUGAUGCAGCAUCAAGUGUUCAUAAAUUUCCGAGGCGAGGAAAUUCGAUAUGGCUUUCUCAGCCACCUCGUUGCCGCGUUUGUACUACAAGGAAUAUAUUUUUUCAUCGACAAGGACGAACAAAAGGGGAAAGACCUUACACAUCUCUUCAAAAGGAUCGAGGAGUCACAGAUCGCCCUAGCAAUCUUCUCUGGGAAAUAUGCACAAUCUAAAUGGUGCUUGAACGAACUGGCAAAGAUGAAGGAACUCGCAGAGAAAAACAACUUGAAAGUGAUUCCGAUAUUCUACAAGGUGAAGGCCAAUGAUGUAAGAAAUCAAACGGGAGAAUUUGGUCGCUACUUUUGGAACUUGGCAAGAGCUUCAAGUGGUGAGGAGAUCAAGAAGUGGAAAGAAGCUUUGGAGUUUGUUUCCCAUAAAAUGGGCUUGACGUUAUGUGACAACAGGUAUCCCAUGUGA